CCUGUUUCUGGUAGUCGGACUUUUGGAAGCCAGAAACAAGAAUCGCAUCGAGAUUUUCUCGCCUGGGCCUCGGAGCGACAGAAACAGCACUCGGAGAACAAGACCUUACAACGGGGCCGGGAGGUGCAUGCCACGGGGAAUGAUACGACAGCGAACGAGGAGCAAAGCCGGGCAUCAGUGGAGAGAGAUGUUUCAUCUCCGCAAGCAGAGCACCAUACCGGUGGACGAAGCCGUGCUGCUUCUGUUAGUUCUAGCCCAGUUCCCGGUGACCCAGAAACAAAACAUUCCGGAACUACCGUCGAUUGGCGGAAUUUAUCCGCAUUGCACAUCGACGCCUCGCCCGACCCAGAUCACCAGGCGCAGAGGGAGAAGGUCCUGAGAAGCCUCUUCGGCCCGCCAGGGAAAGCAACGCCACUGGGAGGUGGUCCUGCGCCGGGCAACAGCAGCCGAAACGUGUCCAGAACCAGUUCGGGGUCUUCGUUGUUCUCUUUCCCAGCAGAGAAGGGCCGGUCGCAAUCUGUGUCUUUACCUUCCACGACGACCGGCGGGUUGUACUACGACCAUUAUCAAGUGCAAAUAUGUCUGGGUCUGGAAUGUCAUGCACAUUUUGCAUGACUCCUGAUGUCUGUGAUGCAUGCCCUAGCAUUACAAAUUUUGUGAGGGCUUCCUGAUGCCUAUAUCGCAUGAGAAAUGCCCUCUCGCCCUGGCAAAAACUGGACCUCCUUUGCUGUUCAUGCAAUACACAUUUUUGUAGAAUUCAGACACAGCAUCACAAGUUGCAUCCUUCCAGACCCAGACAUAUUUGCAAUGCAUAACCAUCAUGAAGCUAGUCAACAAGGGCUGUCAGGACCGGCAGGUGUAGUAGUUUCAUCCAGUCGCCAGAACAAGGUCGUGAAACGAGGAGACCAGCAACGGUUGACGGAGCUGCGGAGACAAAUGUCGCACCAGACGAAACAAGCGAAAACGUCUGUGGAGGAAGCGGGGAAGGCGAGUUCAUCUACUUCUUCGCAGAAGAAAACAUAUGCGGAGGCUUUGAACAAUGCUACUGCGAGUAGUGCUGGUGCUGCUGCUAGUGGCACGACACAUGCAACUGUUACAGAGCAGGAUGAUGUUGUUGUUUCACCUGAGCAG